AUGGCCAAGCAGUCUUUCACCUCCGAUGGCAAAGUCUACAAUAUGAACUUUGCGAAAAUUUCAAUUUGCAACCUCAGUUGGUUCCUUUUAGGAUAUCGGCCAAGUCAAAUGCUAUGGGGUUCUCUUCACAAAUUCAAAGGAGACAAAAAACCUCUCAAAACAAAUGCAGUCUCGAAGCCAAAACCUCAACUCACGAAUUGUGGGAUAUGGGAUAUGGAGGUUAGAACACAGCCAGAAAGCCCCGACAAUUGGAUCACCGAGCUCAGACUGUCAGCAAUAAAUCUCAUCUUCAAUAUUCAUAAGGGUUCAUUUCUCGGUUUCUCACUUUGCAAAUUCAGUGUAAGUUGA